CCGAAGUGUACCGGGCAAAUAUUUUGCCAACGGAGUUCGGUGGUUGGUUUUCUCUCUCUCUAGCUAGCUGGUAUCUCUGCCCGCUGUAAACCAACAUGGCCGACGACUCCCUUCUCGUCGAAAAGAUUACCAUCUCGGGUGCGACCCUCGCCUCCAUCCUUCAACGCUUCUCUUCCUCUGCCGGUGACCUCGACGGCCUGCUCUUCGGCUACUUCACUCGGCUUCCCCCUCCCGAUCCCAAUGACGACGACCCCUCCUCGUCCUACUCCGCAACCGCCAGAUCCACCGCCAUCGCUGCCUUCUCCGCUUCCAUAACCGGCUGCUACUCCUCCGGCGCCGCCAUGACCUUCUACGACUCCAUUGGCCGCAUCGAUUCCCACUCUCUCCGCCGCGCAUCCGAGGAAGAUCGCCUCCCCAUUCUUCUUGGGUGGUUCUGUGGCCGCCGCCGUACCGCUGUCCGCCCCUCCAUGCGCGAAGUUGCCGUCUCCAACUCCCUUUUUGAAACCCUAACCCUGAGAUCCGCCGUCGACCCGGCCUCUCCUCGGCCCUGCAUCUUCCUUCUCCUCUCCUUUUCAUCAACGGAAAAUCAAGCCAUUCACACGCACGAGUACCGGGCUUUUCAUUUCCGACGAAAGCCCCCAUUCGGCACUGGUUUACUUGAGCCUAGAUCGCUUCAUAUUGUGAACAUUGGGCCAGAUUUCAGAGGACAGUACGGGUCGUUCUCGCCGGAUUCUUCACUUCCGUGGAUGUCGUUGGGAGUUGAUGAUAAGCUGGCGCAGAAGGAAAGCCUUCGGAGUCUCCGGGAGACUACAGCUGCGCAGCUGUUGCUUGAUUCUGUGACCGAAGGGUUUACAGUGGAGAGGCUAGCACAUUUGGUAGGACCUGGAGUGGAAGAGUAUGCUUUAGAGUUGGAGGAUUUGUAUAGGAAAAUGUUAUUUAAGCUAGAGGGAUUGGCAAGACUGGUGGAGAGGAGCUCUGCUAAGGUUCUUGAGCAGGAAAAUAAAAAUUUGAAGAUGAGGUGCAGAUUGGCAGGGUUGGAAUGAGCCUUCUGUCCAGCAUUGUUUUUUGCAGUUCUAAAUGGGCAUGAAUAGUUGGCUGGUGUGUGUGAUGUGCUUGGAUGGUAUAUCAUUGUACAUUGCAGAUG